AUGGGUCUACAUAACCCUCUUCCUUCGUCUAUGGCGUCGGAGUGUAAAAAGUGCGGAAAGAUCCUCGCCUCCUUCGUCGACCCGCGCCAGGCCUUUGGCCCCGAAAAGGUCAUUCCACCAAAUGUACUGGCCGGAGCCAAGGGUCUUGCCAUCCUCACCGUCAUAAAAGCUGGCUUCCUCGGGUCUGCGCGCUUCGGAAGCGGCCUCGUCAUCGCGCGAUUGCCAGAUGGCAGCUGGAGCGCCCCCAGCGCCAUUGCCACAGGAGGUGCCGGUUUCGGCGGCCAGAUCGGCUUCGAGCUGACCGACUUCGUCUUUAUUCUCAACGACGCCAGCGCAGUCAAGACGUUUUCACAAGCCGGUUCGCUGACGUUGGGCGGCAACGUGUCGCUCGCCGCAGGUCCUGUUGGCCGCAAUGCCGAGGCUGCCGGAGCAGCCAGUCUCAAGAGCGUGGCCGCCAUCUUCAGCUACUCCAAGACCAAAGGCCUGUUCGCCGGCGUCUCUCUAGAAGGCUCGGCCAUCAUCGAGCGCAAGGACGCCAAUACGAAGCUAUACGGCCGACCUAUCAGCGCCCGGGAGCUUCUGAGCGGCAGCGAGCGGUCACCAUCCGAGGCUGCGCCGCUGCUCAACAUCCUCAACUCGCGCGUCUUCAACAUGGGGCGGGGGGGCGGCGACUUUAACGACAGCGCCAGUGUAUAUAACGACAUCCCCGUCUACGAUGACCGCUACGACAGCAGCUCCAACAGCAACCGCAACAGCCGCGGUAGCGUCUACGGCGACCGAAACAGCUACGGCGACCGUAACGGCUACGGCAAUCGCGGCAGCUACGGCGACGAUGCGGUGCGCGACAGCGGCUACGGCAGCCCGACGCGCGAUGAUGGGUACGGCGUGCCACGGCGGGCGGCGACGACGUCAUGGCGGGACGACCAGUACGACGACCGCCAGCAGACGCGGCCGUAUCGCGGCAGCGUAUCGCGCUCCAACACGUUCAACGACGGCGACAGAAAGAUCUCGGGGGCUGGUGCCGGUCCCGGUCGACCAGCAGCGCCGAAGCCCAACUUUGCUGGCAAGCAGGCGCUCCUUAAGAAGAACGAAGCCGUCGCCCUCUUCACGUUUGAGGCAGACCAGCCGGGUGACCUACCCUUCAAGAAGGGCGACGUCAUCACUGUGCUGAAGAAAACCGAGAGCGACAACGACUGGUGGACGGGAAUGAUCGGUACGAAACACGGCAUAUUCCCGAGCAACUACGUCAAGAUGAGGGAGUAG